AUGUUGAAAGACGAAUUUCGACCCCCAUUUACCAUAACAGUGCAAUUUAGUGCCAAGUGCGCGCGCAAGCGGCGAAUUAUCGCCCCAGUAGAAGAACUUGAGUAUGCAUUGGAACGUGGAACUAUGAGGCUUCCCUUCUUCCGUUCAUUCGACCAAGGAUCCAGGAAAGUCAGACAUCGUAGGUCGCUAUCGCCCAAUUUUCGAACCAUAAUGCCCAUAGAGGAGUUCAAACGCAAUCUUUGGGGUCAAAACAAGCAAGCGUCCUCAUUCUCCCUGCUUAAUGAAGGUAGUUUUCCUCCAUGGUUCUUUGACAAUAUUAAUGUUUUUCUACAUCGUAUAGGCUGUAGAACCACCUCAUCGGAGCGUCAAACACCGUCUACAAGCGAAGAAAUUGAAAGUUUAUCUCGUCCUCCUGGUGACAGGCGGCCCUUGAGCUUUGAACGACAUGCUGUGAUUCUCAACUUCUUUUCUUUAGGUCGGGUACGCCGCACUCCUAAUUGGUUCAAUCCACUGAGUACCUCCUCUACUGUGCGCACAUGUCUCGAACCUCUUCCACAGUACCCUGUGUUAUCCCAAUUCAGGUUGAGGCAAAUGGAGGAUAAAAUCUCAUCAAAAGAACGAAUCUUAUCCUGGGUUCUUUCUCAGCUAAUCGUCCGCAUAAAUCUGGCGUUCCGUGUGUUCAGGGUGACCCGCUUUCUCUCGAUUCAUGGUUUCGUUGUGUUUGUCUGGUCGAAGUUGGUCUUUGGCACAGUGGAUGGGCUGGUGUCCGUUUGUUCAAAAUUUCCUCGCCGGCGGUGGGGUCGCGCUGGGCGUGUGGCUGGGGCCGUAGUUUUGAGUGCGCUCCGCCGAGUGAGAUGGUGUAACGAGUUGGCUAGCUCCACGGUGGGCGGUGCUCUGAGUCUGUUGUUUCUUUCGUUUGGAUCGCGCAUUAUGCUUAGCUUCGACUUCAGCACUGAUAUAAGUAAGUUCACUGUUAAUCCACUACACCGGCAUAAUCGGGGUUUAGCACCUUCAACCAUCAACCAGGCAACUUUCGAGGAGUCGCUACGCGCCAUUGCGGAGGAUGGCACUGAUGUUGGCUUUUACGAGUGUUCUGUUGAUGCCGGUGCCAAUGACAAAUCCGUUCUAGUUACUACUCGAAGCGAAUACAUUAUCGCAGAUACUGAGUAUCACACAACUCUCACAUCAGAAUUAGAUAGUCAACUAAAUCUCUUAAACGAAAUCAAUGAGCAAACACGGAAGUCUAAAGACGGGGUUACUAAGCGCAUCAUCCGAACCUACCGCGAACUAGAUGACCUAAUUGUGGAGGUGGAGGAGUGGAUAGGCACCGAGUCAACCAAAUCUACUCGUCGACAUUCGUUAAGCGAGUUGGGCUGGUAUCUGGCCAAUGGUGCCGUUCUUGUAGUUGAACGGAUUUACGCCAUCACCAGUGCCGAGACAAAAUUUACAGUGAAUACCUUGGAUGCCGAUGGAGUGGUGUGCAACCUCGUUUGUGAGCAGUUAUGUGAAAGGAAUGUCUCCUACAACAACAAGAGUAUAUCUGAGUUGGCCAUGAAGCAAACCAUUUUUCCACCAACGGGAGGUAGCGUUACUACACACAAAUAUUUUACCGUUCACGGACAAUUGUUGUCUAUGGUCCAAGUAGGCCUGCCUAUCGUCUUCAAAACGAUGGAUCUUCCGCCGCCUAUCACAAAAACCCAAUAUCUAUCAACUCCAAGCGUCAUGGAUGAUGACUUCCACUGGAAGGACAACUACAUGCUCUUUUCCAGGUUCCAUGAACGCAAAGAGGAAUUGAAGAGCCAGUAUCACCUCUACUUGUAUAACCAUCCAGAAUUUGUUGAUAUCGUGAAGGACUUCCUCCUAAGCAUUCUUAUGGAGAAGCCUGAGGAUACGCUCAACUUUGCUGCAGAUUUCUUCACCACUUUUUCGAAGAGGCAGCUCCUCCCACCACGGCUCAAGCGGACGUAA